CUGCUAUAGUCGCUAAGAGAGCGUUUCUCCAUGAUUGUGCAUCCAGCUUGGAGCUUGCUUACGUUAUCAGCUCAAACCUCUCGUGCUCUGCAUCAGUCAUUCACCUGGCAGCCAUCAGUGUGGACCGUUUCCUUGCAGUCGUCUACCCUCUCCGCCAUAGACAGAUCAUGAACAGUUACGGUUUGAAGAUCAUGUUAGGAGUUGUCUGGGUCGUAUCUAUCAUUUUCGCUUCGUGCCGCAUUCCCUUCCUCAAAGAGACAUCUUAUCUGGUUCUCGUGGUGUUUGUUGUAAGCUAUGGGUUGAUAAUUAUCUGCUACGCGACCAUCGUGACUUUUCUUGUUAAAGAAAAGGGAAGAAAAAAUGAAAUCAGAGCACGACCCACAGUUGUUGUAGAUUCCAAAAUCGAGCGCCGCGUGGCGUUUACACUAGCAAUAGUAAUAGCUAUCUUUACCGCAUGUUGGCUGCCGAUGAUUGUCGUGUUCUUUGCUGCUGGUAAAUCCCUUGUUAAGAUGUAUGGCACUGCUUACAUGUGGAUUCGAUCCUUGGCACUUUCAAAUUCAGCCAUGAAUUUCAUCAUCUACAGUGCAAGGAUUCGUGACUUUCGGGAUGCUUACGCUCUAAUAUGCCGAAAGAUCAUCCACUGCACGAAAUAAUUCAGCCGUUGUAAAGAGUAUCAAGGCUGGGGAUACAAACUAACUGUACAUAUAACAGUCAAUCGUGAAUUUCUAGGGUUAAUAACACACUGAAGAACCAGAAAUGUUAUUACGGUAUUAUUCCGUGAUAGGUCGCUUAGUAUUUGAUAAAUAAUUUUCAUUAUAGUUAGUUUGAACAGCAUUGAGUAACGCAGUGUAGUAAAGCUCCAUUUUACUGUAGAGUGUCAUGGACAAUUAGCAAGGUAUGGUGCUCCAUAAAUGUAUUUUAAUUUCUUAUUUUAAUUCAAAAGAGACGCAAAGACAGACAGAUUACUGAUCGAAGGUGGUUAUUUAAGGGGAAAAUUGAUUAACAUGACAAGCAAGUU